UUAUGACGAUGAUGAUGACGAUGAUGAUGAUGAUGAUGAUGAUGAUGAUGAUGAUGAUGGUGAUGACGACGACGAUGGAUUCUCGUUUUGGGAUAUCGCGAGUGUGCCAGUAGUAGUGGUGACGUGUGUGAACAAAGAAGGGAAAGGGUGAAAAGGGUGAAAGGGUGAAAAAGGGAGGGUGUGAGAGAGAGAGAGUGAGGAAGGGAGAGAGAGAGAGAGAGAGAGAGAGAGGGAGGGACAAACAAAAAAAGGAAGGAAGAGAAGAAGGAAGGAAGGAAGGAAGGGAAGAAAAAAGGGCUGCUGCAAUGCGGUGCUCAAGGUACCAGCUCGAGUUCCUCCUCGUCCUCGUCGUCGUCGUCGUUGUCGUCGUUGUCAUCCUUUUGGUCCUCCUCCUCCUCCUCUUCGUCCUCCUCGUUAUCGCACAGCCGAGUUCCUCCUGAUAGUCAUCUCGCUACGACCACGGUCAAGGAUCGUUAAACGAAGAUAGAAGGAUGCCAGGGGGCCGUAGGGGCCUGGUAGCCCCCCAAAAUACGUUCCUCGAGAACAUCAUCAGACGUAGCAGCAGUCAACCUGACAGCAGCUUCUUAUUGGCAAAUGCACAGAUCGUCGACUUCCCGAUCGUCUAUUGCAACGAGAGCUUUUGCAAGAUCUCCGGUUACAAUCGUGCCGAGGUUAUGCAAAAGUCAUGCCGAUGUGGAUUCAUGUACGGGGAACUAACGAACAAGGAUACGAUCACAAGGAUCGAAGAAUGCCUCGAGGGCCAAAUUCACGACCAAUUCGAGAUUCUGCUCUACAAGAAGAACAGUACCCCACGAGAAACACCACUAUGGCUACUUCUACAAAUAGCGCCGAUCAAAAACGAACGAGACUUGGUUGUCCUGUUCCUGUUAACCUUCCGGGACAUCACAGCGUUGAAGCAGCCCAUCGAGACGGACGACAGCAAGGGUGGCCUUUCAAAAUUUGCCAAACUCGCAAGAUCGGUUACCAGAUCGAGAUCGGUUCUUGUUUCGCAGUUCAGCUCCCACCUUCCGGCUCUGAAGGAUUCUGCUUUACCAACCACGGCCAAACAAUCGCAUCUAGCUCAUAUGAUGUCAUUGAGCGGAGAUGUAAUGCCACAGUACAGACAGGAAGCACCAAAGACUCCACCGCAUAUUUUAUUACACUAUUGUGCGUUCAAAGCGAUCUGGGAUUGGAUUAUUUUGUGCUUGACAUUUUACACAGCUAUUAUGGUUCCGUACAAUGUUGCCUUCAAAAAUAAAACCAGCGAGGAUGUAUCACUUUUGGUACUCGACAGUAUAGUCGAUGUCAUAUUCUUUAUAGAUAUAGUAUUAAAUUUUCAUACUACGUUCGUUGGGGCUGGUGGUGAAGUUGUGUCCGAUCCAAAAGUGAUCAGGAUGAAUUAUCUGAAGUCUUGGUUCAUCAUCGAUCUAUUGAGCUGCCUACCCUACGACGUGUUCAACGCGUUCGAUCACGACGAGGAUGGCAUAGGUAGUCUCUUCUCUGCUUUGAAAGUCGUCCGUUUACUUCGUCUUGGAAGAGUCGUUCGCAAACUCGAUCGGUAUCUGGAGUAUGGAGCCGCCAUGCUCAUUCUUCUCCUCUGUUUCUACAUGUUGGUUGCUCACUGGCUGGCCUGUAUCUGGUACGUCACAUUAAGGUAUUCGAUAGGAAGAUCGGAUGCUGACAACGGAGUUCAAUAUUCAUGGCUGUGGAAGUUGGCCAAUGUUACCCAGUCACCAUACAGCUACUUGUGGACCAAUGCCAGCACUGCACCAGAACUAGUAGCUGGACCAUCACGCCGCACGAUGUAUGUCACUGCUCUUUAUUUCACGAUGACUUGCAUGACUUCCGUCGGCUUUGGAAACGUCGCAGCAGAAACAGAUAAUGAGAAGAUCUUUACUAUCUGCAUGAUGAUCAUUGCCGCCUUGCUGUACGCUACGAUAUUUGGUCACGUUACCACCAUUAUUCAACAAAUGACAUCAGCCACCGCCAAAUAUCAUGACAUGCUAAACAACGUCCGGGAAUUCAUGAAACUCCAUGAAGUACCUAAGGCACUUAGCGAACGUGUCAUGGAUUAUGUAGUAAGUACAUGGGCAAUGACCAAAGGUCUAGAUACAGACAAGGUGCUUAAUUACUGCCCCAAAGAUAUGAAAGCUGAUAUUUGCGUACAUCUUAAUCGGAAAGUUUUCAAUGAACAUCCUGCUUUCAGGUUGGCAUCCGAUGGAUGCUUACGUGCUUUAGCAAUGCAUUUUACAAUGUCGCACAGUGCACCUGGUGAUCUGCUCUAUCACACAGGUGAAUCUAUCGACUCGCUGUGCUUCAUCGUCACUGGAAGCCUAGAAGUGAUACAAGACGAUGAGGUAGUAGCAAUUCUUGGAAAAGGGGAUGUCUUUGGAGAUAGCUUUUGGACGAACCCGUCGAUUGGGCAAAGCGCAGCUAACGUUAGAGCACUUACUUAUUGUGACCUUCAUACCAUUAAGCGUGAUCGACUGUUAGAAGUUUUGGAUUUUUAUCAAGCCUUCGCAAACUCCUUCGCCAGAAAUCUUGUAUUAACGUACAAUUUAAGCAAUCGGCUGAUCUUUCGAAAAGUGGCCGACGUGCGUCGUGAAAAGGAGCUUGCUGAAAGACGAAAAAAUGAGCCACAGUUGGAUCAAGCUCAGGAUCAUUUAGUUCGCAAAAUUUUUUCGAGGUUCAAGACCGACGGAGAAGCCCAAAUCAGCGUGUCCAAAGUCGUUUCAACACGGUCCCAACAGGAUUCAGAUGAGGAACUCACCGUGAACGUCCUGCCGCCCUGGCCCAGUUUUAGGUUUCGUAGAGAGAGACAUACGGCAGACGUUGAAAAAGGGGACAGUAAGGAUGGGAAAGAUGGCGAAUCAUCGCAUUCGAGAAAACCGUCCACCGAUGAGAAUGUCGCUGCCAAACCUCGAACUGGCAAAUGGGGAAGAUUGUUAGGUAGUUCCAGUUUGGAUUCCGGUAGUGAAACAGGUACGGUUGGGGAUACUUUCAAGAGAUCAUUAAGUGCACGAGACUCACGUCCAAGUUCUAGUACCGGGACGAACAAGAUCUUUCCAAAAUUCGGGAAGUUAGGUGGUACGAUAGAAGAAACAGGUGGAGGAGACAAUGCUGAUAAGGAUGGACAACAACAACAACAACAGCAACAACAACAACAACAACAACAACAAGCUCAGAAUCUUUCGGUAGACUCGAAACAAUUGCAGCUUCGACGUUUGGAAAGUUACGAUGGUGGUUUGAUAUCGACUCAGCCCAGUCACGAUCGUGAAAUACUUGCGGCAGUAUUGGAAGUUAAGGUUGAUUUAAAGCUGGAAGUGCAAAGGGUUAAUCAAAGGCUCGCUAAGAUGGAAGACAUGCUUCAGACUUUGUUAAGUCGAGUUCCAUUUGCUGGAACUCCUCCGAGUGGUACAGGCAUUUCUCAACAACAACAGCAGCAACAACAACAACAACAGCAACAACAACAACAGCAACAGCAACAGCAAAGACCCUCGAAUUUUCCAUCGAGUAGUAGUUCAACUCAGAAUCAAUUGUCUUGCCAAAUGCAAGUGAAUCAACAGCAAGGUACUCCUCAAGGUAUACAAACGUCUGAACAGAAGGCGUCUACGAGUACUAGUGCUACAACGCCUAGCGAAGGCUAUAGAGAACAACAGCAAAUACAACAGCAGCAGCCUAUAGAACGUAGUUCAAAGAGCCAAGAACAUCAUCACCAUCAUCACCACCAUCAUCAACAGCCAAAAGAUUCGGAUAGACUGUCGGGUAGUACCGAAUACAAAACUUCCUCGAGAGAAGUUAGCAAAGAACUUCUCGAAAGACUUACCCAAGCAUCAACCUCAAGAGGUGACGAUUCUAGUGCACUUGGACCGCUCAUUUUAAGAAAACGAAGAAGUAAAUCGCGUAACAAGGGUGCAGCGCCUCUCGCACCUUUAGCAACCCAACCGGUUAGUCCCUCGGAUGCUACGGAAACUACACAAAUGUUAGAAUGUACCGACGAUCGCGAGGCUAGCAGUGCCAGUGCUGAAAGAACUGAGAGGACCGAAAGGACCGACAGGUCCGAACGAAAAAGGCCACCACCCAGGCCUAGAGAAUAUUAUUGAAAGUUCUUCCGAUCUCUAAUCCUAAUUCAUCCUAAUCCUAAUCCUUCAUCUUUCCUAUUCUACCUUCUUCUCUUCCUUUCGUAAUUCUCGAUCUGGGUGGAAUGGUUCUUCUGUUAAAAUUAAAACUAAUUAAUCCUUCGCGAUAAUAAUAAUAAUAAUAAUAAUAUUAAUAAUAAUAAUAAUAAUAAUAAUAAUAUUAAUAAUAAUAAUAAUAAUAAUAAUAAUAAAAAGAAAUAAAAGAGAAAACACACACUCCCUUCUUUCUAAUAAGUAACGAUAGAAUCCAGGGGAGAGGAGGGAGGGGGGACUUAUCAAUUAGGCCAAUAAAGUUAGCCUAAUUUACCCCUAAUUCUCGGACUACGUUUCGCGAUGAUCUAAAUACAAUUAAACGUUAAAAUAUCAUCUAUACCUUUUUCAAGGACCCGUUAAAUAUUUUCGCUAAAUUGCUUCGCGAAGUGACAUUCAUCAUUAAAGCGUGUUACACUUUGAACGAAAUAAUCGUUUAUUUCGAAUUGAAAAAAAGAAAAGAGAAAAAGAUUUAAAAAAAAAAAAAAGAAAGAAGCAGA